GUGACGUCACGAGGUCUCUCCCCAACUCGUGGAGUCACACAGUGCCGGCUUGACUCAGCAGAAGAAUGUCACUUUCACGUACAGCUACCCUCAGACUUCUGCUGCAGAACAAGAGCCUUGUUCUGCCAGCUGUUGUGGGUGCACGCAAUGCCACAACUACAACAAAUUUAAGAGAUUUCCUUGCUAAUGAAAUUCCACAAAAACAAAAGGAAGUUGUGGAAUUUCGGAAAAAGUAUGGAGAAACCAAAGUGGGAGAGGUCAACGUGAACAUGAUGUAUGGUGGUAUGAGAGGCAUCAAAGGUCUUGUGACAGAAACCUCUGUCCUUGACCCUGAUGAGGGCAUCCGUUUCCGUGGCUACAGUAUCCCUGAGUGCCAGAAGAUCCUGCCCACAGCAGGAGGGAAGGGGGAGGAACCCCUGCCUGAAGGCUUGUUCUGGCUGCUGGUGACAGGGCAGGUGCCCACACAAGCUCAAGCUGACUCAAUCACACAGGAGUGGAACAACCGUGCAGCGCUGCCAAACCACGUGAUCACUAUGUUGAACAACUUCCCCAGCAACCUCCACCCCAUGUCCCAAUUCUCGGCCGCCAUCACCGCUCUCAACUCCGAGAGUAAGUUCGCCAAGGCAUACGCAGAAGGUGUCAACAAGAAACUCUACUGGGAGUAUACAUACGAAGAUUCCAUGGACAUGAUCGCCAAGCUACCGACCGUUGCAGCCAUUAUCUACAACAACCUGUACCGUGAUGGUGCCACCCCUGCAGCCAUUGACAACAACAAAGACUGGACAGCAAACUUUGUCAAAAUGAUUGGCUUUGAAGAUCCAGCAUUUGUGGAGCUCAUGAGACUAUACUUCACCAUCCACAGUGACCACGAGGGAGGUAAUGUCAGCGCCCACACAACGCAUCUUGUAGGCAGUGCUCUGUCGGAUCCCUACCUCAGUUUUGCUGCAGGAAUUAAUGGCCUUGCCGGGCCCCUCCAUGGCCUUGCUAAUCAGGAGGUGCUUGGCUGGGUGACCAAGCUACAGGAGGAGCUUGGAGGAGAAGUGUCAGAUGACCAGCUCCGCAACUUUAUCUGGAACACGCUGAAGUCAGGACAGGUGGUACCUGGCUAUGGCCAUGCUGUGUUGAGGAAGACGGACCCCCGCUACACCUGUCAGAGAGAGUUUGCCCUCAAGCACUUGCCUAAUGACCCCCUCUUCAAACUGGUGUCUCAGAUCUACAAGGUUGUCCCUGACAUUCUCAUAGAACAAGGCAAGGCCAAGAACCCCUGGCCGAACGUGGACGCCCACAGCGGUGUUCUUCUACAGUACUACAAGCUGACGCAGAUGAACUACUACACAGUACUGUUCGGAGUAUCACGAGCGCUAGGAUGCAUGGCGUCACUCAUCUGGGAUCGGGCGCUGGGGCUUCCCAUAGAGAGACCAAAGUCCUUUGACACACCAGGCCUGAAGAAAUUAGUUGGAGCCAAGUGAUUGAUUUGGUUACUAUAGGAAUUUUAAAAAAGCCACGUUUUAUAGGGAACCCAGAGUAUCUUUUGUACAUCUUUGAUUUCUUCAUUUGUUUGAAUCGUUUUUCGAAAAUAAAGUAAAAGAAAAUAUGUUAGUACAUUGGUUUGGUUUGUUUGACACAACAAGGCAGGAGUACAACAAUAGGAUGAGUUCAAUUUCACAUGACAUUUUGCAAAGCAUACUUAUUAGACCUUAGGCAUUCAUGGUAGAUUUUUGUAUAUAUGCUUUACUGUACUGACAUUUUACUCUGGUAGGAAAUUUGAGAAUCAGAGAGAAAUGUUAGCAAGAAAUAGCACAUGCUUCAUACAUCGGUGGAUAUUUUUGAACAAGCAAAACCAAUGGUGCAAAGUUUCAGUCAUCACAUUGAUUAUGGUUGUUAUGCAGAUACAUUUGUAUAUAUUGUUUAACAGUUACCAUGGUAACAGUUUUCGUCGUACCAUUUCAGUGAUGGGCACUUUCUUCAGUCAUUGGGAAAUGUCUGAUUGAAUGACAGAACUUUCAUAAAAAUGGAGAUCAACUCGCAAUUUAUUAAACCUACUUUACCGUCAAUGUCACAUUUUUGACAAUCCCUUGAAAUAAACUUAUGAUGUCUCACUCAACACCAAUGUCUGCCUUUGUUUAUACAGAGAAAUCUGUAAGAAUAUUUUGUGGAUAGCCAUCUUGAAAAUUGUAUUAAUGAUAAUAGAAUUUCUGCCCAAUGUUCCACAUGGAGUUGUCUCCCUUUAAAACUUGUUUUGUUUGUUGCUUUUGUGUGAGAGAGUGAUUGUUAGAGGUGAUUAUUCUGUUUUUCUUCAGUGGGAUGUAUGUUCAAGUACAAUCAAAACUGAGGAACCCAGGCAUCGUAUGUGCUAUGUGUUGAUGACUGAGAGUUUGCACAAGAGAUCCUUGUACUAAGGACCUUAUGUAGCAUUGGUGCUGAUCUGUACGGAUAUUCUACAGUUAAACACUGUCGACCCUGGUUGGUUAUUCAAAUUAAGACACCUUUGAGAUAGUUGCAUUUUACCUACAAUGUCUGUGCGUGGAAUUGUAUUAAUAAAAUUAUGUUGUACAUAUUAUCUGUCAUUAUGAACAUAACAAUCAAAUGUUAUUCGAUUUAAUUGUACCUCAUGAACAAAUUUAUUUUAGUGUUUCCAUUGUAUUUCUACCCAUACAUAUCAGCUGGGAAGGUUGUUGACGAAGCUUUAUGCCACUAUUGUGCCAGUUUAUAGUAUCCGUAGCUCUGAUAUUAUUUAGGCCACUAUGGUGAUAGGAUCUAUUUAAACAUGUUAUUUUGUGUCUGUCCUGUUGUCAAUAAUACACAAGAACAUUAUGCUUACUGUAGUGGAGUACCUAUAAAGGGUGUCUUGAUUUGAAGGAUCUUGUUUGGGUGACCGGUUGUCAGUAAUUCAUGUAUCUGGAACCUGUAAUUGUUUUCAGUGAGAUUCAUUUUGAUGAUCACUGGACAAUUACAUGUGUCAUUUAAAGAAUUAAAACAAAGUUAAGUGUUA